ACACCUCCGUUUAGAAGGCUUGUACUUUUCUAGUGAUCGCGGGAGCCAAUAUUUUUGUCGUUUUCGGAGUAUUAAAGUUUUUAGCCACAGAAAUGGCUGAUUCUGAAAUACAGAAUGGUUUCCCAGAGCUGAAAAAUGAUCUAAUUUUGCGAGCUGCCCGUGGAGAAGGGACUGAGCGGGUUCCAAUCUGGGUCAUGCGGCAAGCGGGCCGCUAUCUCCCAGAAUUCCUGAAAUUAAAGGAAGAAAACAAUGCUGAUUUCUUUAAGAUGGUGCAGACCCCAGAACUGGCUUGUGAACUCACUCUUCAGCCUAUAAGAAGAUUUCCUCUAGAUGCAGCUAUCAUAUUCUCAGAUAUCCUUGUUAUUCCUCAGGCUCUUGGUAUGACUGUCCUCAUGAUCCCCGGAAAGGGUCCAGUGUUUCCAGAGCCCCUUCGAGAACCAAGUGACAUUGAGAAACUUAAACAAGAAGUAGAUUUAGAGAAGUCAUUGGGAUAUGUUUUCCGUGCAAUAACUCUGACAAGACACAAGCUGGAGGGACGAGUACCUCUCAUUGGUUUUUCAGGAGCUCCAUGGACCCUAAUGUGUUACAUGAUUGAGGGUGAAAGCAGCAAAACAUUCAUCAAAGCUCGUAAAUUUUUGAACCAGCAUUUGCAGACUUCCAGCCGGCUGUUGCAACAGUUAACAGAUUUAAUUGUAGACUACUUGGUGCUACAGGUCCAAGCUGGUGCACAGAUGCUUCAAGUGUUUGAAUCUCAUGCUGAAAUUUUGGGUUAUGAUACUUUUACACUGUGUUCACUGCCUUACCUGAAACAAAUAGCAGAGAAAGUGAAAGAAAAGUUAGGCACUGAUGCUGUGCCAAUGACAAUAUUUGCUAAGGGUGCUCACUAUGCCAUUAAAGAUUUAUCACAAAUUGGUUACGAUGUCGUCAGCUUGGACUGGACAGUGUCACCUAAAGAUGCAAGGAUUGUUGCCCCAACAGUGACUCUCCAAGGUAACCUUGAUCCAGCUUGUCUUUACAGCAGCCAUGAGGAUUUAGCACAUGCUGUCAAGAACAUGUUGAGGAAGUUUGGUGCUCAACGUUAUAUUGCUAAUCUUGGCCACGGGAUGCAUCCAGAUCAUGACCCUGAAAAACUUGCUACCUUCAUUGAAACAGUUCAUUCUUACUCAGAGACAAUGAAUGAAAGAAAGUCAUCUUUCAGUCUUGACUCUUGAUGAUAUUUAUGUCAAUAGCAUUAACUGACAUUAUCCCUGAAUUAAUUGCAAGUAAAUUUUACUGAAAGGGAAUCUUGGCAUUGAUGUUGUUACAGAAUUAUUUAAUUUUUUUUUUCUAUGAAGAGAUGAGUUCUUGAGAAAAACAUCUCAAACUUCUAUUCACUUCAAAGUCAUUAAAUCUAACGGGAGAAAACUAUUUGCUUAUUUCACAGUAGAUUGCUGUCAAUUCUUGUGCUAUUGUAUAAUUCUUGCAGUCUGUUUUUUUUUCUUCAAAUAAAAAUCUGACUGUCAAAGCAUUUCCUUCAGGUCACCAAAAGUGGUUGUAAGGGAGAUUUCCACCAUAUGCGAUGUAGUUGCAAUUUCAUAUGAUCAACUUAGGCAAAAGGCCUUACUUCAAAUUAUGGAGAAAGGAAUUUAUGUAAAGUAGAGGCAUUGAAAUAUGUAGAAAGAGAAGUACGAUUGUCUUCUAGGAAAUAGACCAUUUAUUUUCUUAAGGAAAUAACUUAAGCUAUUAUUUACUUACUAUGAGAUAAACAUUAGCAAUUUGUAGAAUUUCAACUAAGAUGCUAAUAAAACUAUUUUGUCGAAAGUACCAGA